UUAAAAACAUGUUGUGAUCUGACUGAUAUCAUUGCUGCUCUGAGCAUCUCUUGAGCUAGGUUCUGGAAACAAAUUUUGGGCUGUAAAGCAACUCUUAGGACUGCAUACAAAGGCAGUACAAUGUUGUCACUAACGAAACUGUCUGCUGGAAGGGUGGCGGUCCUUUUUGCUUCUCUCCUCCAAACUCUAACUGUGGAGGGAGCAUCCGUGCGGCACCACUACCUGCGAGGCGGCGACCAGGGUGGCUUUCUCUCUCCCAGUGCUGACAUGAUCAAAGCCCUGGAGUAUAUUGAAAGCUUGAAGCAGAGAGCCGAUGGAUCAGAGAGCCCUACUGGGGACUAUGAUGAGGUGGACAAAUUCCGUUUUCUAGUCCAGCUCGCCUCCCUACAGGAAGAGAACACUCCUCAACGCAAGGAUGCGGCACGUUGGCCUGAUAACAAGGGGGUGCCACAGUGGGUGCAAUCUUUGCUUCGGAUGCUCGAGCAGGCUGGAGAGAACCCAGCAAGCCAGCCUGGCAACGAGCGGCGCACUCACAAGAGCAGGCGCCCUGUGCCGGACGGGGAGAGCCCUGUUGGAGACUAUGGUGGCUUUGUGAAGCCCCACAAGAAGUAUCCAUUAAUGUUUGAGGAUGAGGAGAAUGGCAGAGACAACAAGCGUGCAACGGAGGAUUUGGAUGAGCAGUACACCCCUCAGAGCCUUGCCAAUAUGCGCUCCAUAUUCGAAGAGCUAGGAAAAUUGUCAGCUGCACAGAAUCAGAAGCGAGAGAACCAGGAUAAUGAUGGCGAGGAUGACGACGAUCAGUACAGGGUCAGAAAUCUGGCGUAUGAGGACGUGGCUGGAGGGGAGGAGUGGGUGCCGCUAGAGGAGCAGAUGGAGACAGAGGAAGUCGUUAAAGGAAGCCAUGAAGAAUAUGAACGAGGACUAGCAGAUAACGGUGAACAGGGCGAGGCCAUGGAGAGGCGAGCUGGCCAAGCUGAUGAUGAGAAUCCAGAGGAUGACACGAAACUCGUGGAUUACUACCUGCUGAAGGUCUUGGAGAUGACUGACCAAGCACAAAAACGAGACCUGAUGGAAGAAAGGAGGCGGCUUCAACCCCAACCCUCUCUAAUCGACCCUAGGGCUAUCAAGCAACUGCUGUCAGCUAUUUCAGUGAAGCUCCAGGUGCCUCCUGAAGACCUGGUUGGAAUGCUGUUCAUGGAGGAAACCAGAAAACAACAGCGCCUUCCUGAGACACUGCAGGCUAGGAAGCCCAGCCAACCUCGGUAUAAGAGCAGAGUUAUCAAGUACUACAAUGGCCGACAGCCAGAAGUAACAUUGAGUGACAUCCCCCAUGACGUCAAGACCGAAGAUAUUUUAAAAGUCCUUGGGUUGGGGAAUCUGGCCAACAAGAAUUCAAAAUUUUCUCUCCUUAAGCAAAGACCGUACAAAACAGCCAUGGCAAAUUACAUCAACCCAAGUGGAAGACGGGGAAACUUGUUCUUGUCAGAGUUAAACAAAGCUCCAAGCAAAAGAAAAAAUGAUUAUGAUGAUGAUGAUACAGUAGACGAGGAAUCGACAUUCCUAGCAGCCAAACUCUUGACCGAGUACCCCGACACCAGCUCGAGCGAUCGCAAACGUGCCAUCGAUUCCACCACAAACAGACAGCUGCCUUAUGAGUUAUACGAGGAGGCCAUGAAAGAUUUCUUCAAUCAGGUUGAUAAUGGGAAAAGCACACCCACCAAAAGAGACACCCAAGGGAAAGAGGUGUCAGAGGCACCCCAAAAACCACCCACUCAAGAUUCAGAACCAAAGCCCAUAGACCAAACCCCCGCUGUAUCCAAUACAGAAGAUGGUAAAGAGUAUGAUGGAAAAAUGGUUGCAGGAAUGUGAAGGGUUAUUUCCCCACCCCCACCCGUAUCCCGACAAGUCCCGCCACCUUUACCUUGUAACUCUUUGAUAUGGUUGCUACGGCUAAAUGAACAACUUCUGAAUAGUCCAAAUCACAAACUGCUUGUAUGAAGCCCCUACUAGCCAAUCUUGCUGCAAAAGGGACUUGUUGAAAUACGGAUGGAGACCAAAAAUAAAGCUUAGCCGUGGGACAUGCCUAUAUCUCCUCAAAAGUAACCCAUGUUUAAAGUGCUUUAGCUUUCUUGGAAUUCUAUAUGAUGUAUAUAUAUAUGGUAUAUCAUUGUGCGGGAGUUUUUAAAUGUUGUUUAUGAAUUGGUGGUCCUCAAAAUGUUUUCUUGUCCCUUUCAUUGGUCUCAAGAGAAUGUUCCUGUGUAGUCGUAGGACUCCGCUUGCUGCAAUCUUUACAUGCUAUAUAAUUAUUAAACCAAUAAAGAUGGAUGUAAUUCUAAUUUAUAAAUCAUUUUGUACGUGUUCUAAAGUGUGAGAAUAGAAACAUGAAUAAAGCAU